AUGAGGCAGGUCCUACUCUUUGCUGCCUGGGCAUGGGCGAAUGCGGAAGCUUGUGCAAGCUGCCAAGGCAAAGCCUGGACGAGACGCAGUGGCAACGACGACAACAACAACAAUGCCAUUUCUCCCAAUUCAGGUGCGGGAUUUGCACAAUUUGCCUGCCGCACAGUGCCCGCAUCUGGUGACGACAUGGGCAAACGUGCGUCAGUCGAAGGUGACUGCGAUCAAAAAGCUGCCAUCGAGACUGCGCUCAAGUCUUGCGCCGAUUAUGCAAAUGCCGCUGUGGAGGAGUUAAAGAAAAAAGACAGCCAGCUGUUUGAAUUCUUCUUCAAGAAGGAAAACGAUGGCCAGCGGGACAAAAUCGCCAAGCGGUAUGAACAGAUAGCGGCCGAAUGCGGCGCGGCACAAGGCGGUAAAAUCUCCGUCACUUGUAAAGAGGUCAUCGGGUCGUGCACGGUACCCGAGACGGGGCAGGAUGCCACGGCAGUGGCCGAUACGAAGGUGGGUGACAGGCUAGGGACUCGUGUGCAGCUCUGCAAACCGUUCUUUAACCUUCGUGAGGGCGGCUGUGGCCAAUUUGACCGUCCGUCCACCCUCGUACACGAGCUCUCGCAUUCCCUCGUGGGCACGAAGGAUUUUAAAGCAAGCUACGGCUUGAAAGCCAUCCAGGGACUCACGGCUGCGCAGAACUUGGAGCAUGCCGACACUUAUGGCUUUUUUUCUCAAGCAGCUUCCAAGGGAUGCAAGACGGCCGAUCUGGAGAAGGCCCGUGACUCUGAGGUGACUGUAUCCCCUCCAGGGCAGGGGACUCAACCGUCCACAGGGCAGCUUGAGGGGACUCAACCGUCUACAGGGCAGCUUGAGGGGACUCGACCGUCUACAGGGCAGCUUGAGGGGACUCGACCGUCCACAGGGCAGCUUGAGGGGACUCAACCGUCUACAGACCAGGGGGCUGGACCGGUGCCACCUCAAAUAUUGCAGUGGUUUCGUUCGAAGUGGCCUGGAUCAACUCCAGAGCAGGGGGACCGGAUCGUCUACGGAGCCUGA